UGGCUCCUCCCUUUCAGGUGCUGUGUACGUGUAAAGAGUACAAUCGCUACAGUAGCUACAUCAAGUCAGUUCAGUUGCUGUGGGAGAAGCAGUGCUGUGCCCAGCAGAAAAUGCUUUUGAAGCAGUUCCUAGUCUUGCAGCAGCAAGGGGAGGUUCCGUCCCACAUCUCACUGACGGAUAUUAGAGAUUGGCUCAUUGCCAAGGGUAGAAACUACUUCAAGAACACGUUUCAGAGUGAAAUGGAAGAGGGGAAGAACCUUCACUUGGCCGAACUGGCUUGGGAUGUGAAACGACGCCUCAGGCUUAAGGAGCUGGAAAGAGAAGUGUGCAGGGAGCUGCGCCUGGAGCGCCGAAUCCGCUGGUCGGUGAUUGGACAGCCUGGUAGCCAGAUGGGAGAUUGGAGACCCCUCGGCAUGGAGACACACACACCUCUGGGAAUGGACUCUCCCUUCAGACACUCCACCUCCUCGAUGGACACUCUUUCCAGUCAGAUCUCGACUGAGAACCUCGAGGUUGCUAGGCUACAUACUGCCAGACCACAUAUUGCCAGACCACAAACUACCAGACCACGUUCUGCCAGACCACCAUCUGAAAGACCUAGCAGUGACUCUGAUCACUCUGGAACUAUGUCUUCUGUGAUGACCUGCUCACCACAUUCAGCUAGCCCGUCAGUGGUAGGUCAUUUUGGUCAUGAACAUGUUCCCAGCUUUCACUCUUUGGGGGCUGUAGACAUAUUACUGCUUCCCUGUCUCCCAUCUACUGGGAAAUCCAUAUCCAAGUACUGUGGCAAGAAAAAGUAUGUGAACCCUUUGGAAUUACCUGGACUUCUGCGUAAAUUGGUCAUAAAAUGUUAUCUGAUCUUCAUCUAAGUCACAACAAUAGACAAACAAUGAUACUUUUUCAUGUCUUUAUUGAACACACGGUGUAAUCAUUCACAGUGCAGGGUCGAAAAAGUACACUCAGCAAAAAAAGAAACUUCCCUUUUUCAGGACCCUGUCUUUCAAAGAUAAUUCAUAUAAAUCCAAAUAACUUCACAGAUCUUCAUUUUAAAGGGUAUAAACACUGUUUCCCAUUAAUGAACAUGCAUCUGUGGAACGGUCGUUAAGACACUAACAGCUUACGGAUGAUAGGCAAUUAAGGUCACAGUUAUGAAACUAAAGAGGCCUUUAUACUAACCUUUCUACUAACACCAAAAGAAAGAUGCCCAGGGUUUCUGCUCAUCUGCGUGAACGUGCCUUCGGCAUGCUGCAAGGAAGCAUGAGGACCGCAGAUGUGGCCAGGGCAAUAAAUUGCAAUGUCCAUACUGUGAGACGCCUAAGACAGCGCUACAGGGAGACAGGACGGACAGCUGAUUGUCCUCGCAGUGGCAGACCUUGUGUAACAACACCUGCACAGGAUUGGUACAUCCGAACAUCACACCUGCGGGACAGGUACAGGAUGGCAACAACAGCUGCCCGAGUUACACCAGGAACGCACAAUCCCUCCAUCAGUGCUCAGUUUGUCCGCAAUAGGCUGAGAGAGGCUGGACUGAGGGCUUGUAGGCCUGUUGUAAGGAAACCGGGAACAAAAUCGCCAAUGGGCACAAACCCACCAUCGCUGGACCAGACAGGACUGUCAAAAAGUGCUCUUCACUGACGAGUCAUGGUUUUGUUUCACCAGGGGUGAUGGUCGGAUUCGCGUUUAUCGUUGAAGGAAUGAGCGUUACACCGAGGCCUGUACUCUGGAGCGGUAUCGAUUUGGAGGUGGAGGGUUCGUCAUGGUCUUGGGCGAUGUGUCACAGCAUCAUCGGACUGAGCUUGUUGUCAUUGCAGGCGGUCUCAACACUGUGCGUUACAGGGAAGACAACCUCCUCCCUCAUGUGGUAUCCUCCUGCAGGCUCAUCCUGACAUGACCCUUCAGCAUGACAAUGCCACCAGCCAUACUGCUUGUUCUGUGCAUGAUUUCCUGCAAGACAGGAAUGUCCGUGUUCUGCCAUGGCCAGCGAAGAGCCCGUAUCUCAAUCCCAUUGAGAACGUCUGGGACCUAUUGGAUCGGAGGGUGAGGGCUAGGGCCGCCGGCCCCCCCCCCCCCUCAGAAAUAUCUGGGAACUUGCAGGUGCCUUGUUGGAAGAGUGGGGUAACAUCUCACAUCAAGAACUGGAAAAUACUUUUGAUUUUGAACCCCCUUUUUGUUCAGGGACACAUUAUUCCAUUUCUGUUAGCCACAUGUUCAGUUGAUCCUGUUUGGGAUAGGGGGCAGUAUUUUCACAUUCGGAUGAAAAGUGUGCCUAGAGUAAACUGCCUGCUACUCAGGCCCAGAAGCUAAUAUAUGCAUAGUAUAGAUCGUAGAUUUGGAUAGAAAACACUCUGACGUUUCUAAAACUGUUUGAAUGAUGUCUGUGAGUAUAACAGAACUCAUAUGGCAGGCGAAAACCUUAGAAUAAUCCAACCAGGAAGUGGGAAAGCUGAGGUUUGUAGUUUUUCAACUCAUUGCCUUUCUACUAUUCAAUGUAAAUGGGGUCAUAUUGCACUUACUAAGGCUUCCACUAGAUGUCAACAGUCUUUAGAACCAUGUUUCAGGCUUCUACUAUGAAGGGGGAGCGACUAAGAGCUGUUUGACUAAGUGUUCUGGCAGAAGGCCAUGAGCUAAGUCAUGCACGCGGCCGUGAGAGCGAGCUGCGUUCCUUUUCAUUUCUGAAGACAAAGGAAUUGUCCGGUUGAAACAUUAUUGAAAAUUUAUGAUAAAAACAUCCUAAAGAUUGAUUCUGUACAUCGUUUGGCAUGAUUCUACGAACUGUAAUAGAACUGUUUUGACUUUUCGUCUGGACUUUCAUCUGGACUUGACCGCGCCUUGUGAAUUUCGAUUGGUGAACUAAACUCGCUAACAAAAAAGGAGGUAUUUGGACAUAAAGAUGAACUUUAUCGAACAAAACAAACAAUUAUUGUGGAACUGGGAUUCCUGGGAGUGCAUUCAGAUGAAGAUCAUCAAAGGUAAGUGAAUAUUUAUAACGCUAUUUCUGACUUUUACUGUCUCCACAACAUGGGUAUCUGUAUGGCUUGUUUUUGUGUCUGAGCGCUGUACUCAGAUUAUUGCAUGGUGUGCUUCUUCCGUAAAGCUUUUUUGAAAUCUGACACAGCGGUUGCAUUAAGGAGAAGUAUAUAUUUAAUUCUGUGCAUAACACUUGUAUCUUUUAUCAAAGUUUAUGAUGAGUAUUUCUGUAAAUUGAUGUGGCUCUCUGCAAAUUCGCCGAAUGUUUUCGAGGCACAACAUUAUUGAACAUAACGCGCCAAUGUAAACUGAGAUUUUUGGAUAUAAAUAUGAACUUUAUCGAACAAAACAUACAUGUAUUGUGUAACAUGAAGUCCUAUGAGUGCCAUCUGAUGAAGAUCAUCAAAGGUUAGUGAUGAAUUUGAUCUCUAUUUCUGCUUUUUGUGACUCCUCUCUUUGGCUGGAAAAUGGCUGUAUGUUUUUCUGUGACUUGGCGCUGACCUAACAUAAUCAUAUGGUGUGCUUUCGAUGUAAAGCCUUUUUGAAAUCGGACACGAUGGGUAGAUUAACAAGAAGUUAAGCUUUAAUUUGGUGUUUUGCACUUGUGAAUGUAUGAAAGUUAAAUAUUUCAAAAAAAUAUUUUUGAAUUUCGCGCUCUGCCAUUUCAGCGGAUGUUGUCGAGGGGUUCCCCUAACCUUAAGAAGAUGUCUCAGUUGUUCAAUCUUGUAUGUUCAUACAAUUAUUUGCACAUGUUAAGUUUGCUGAUAAUAAACACAGUUGACAGUGAGAGGAUGUUUCUUUUUUUGCUGAGUUUAUGUGAACCCUUGGUUUUAAUAAAUGGUUUACCCUACUUUGGCAGCAAUAACCUCAACGUUUUCUGUAGUUGCAGAUCAGACCUGAGCAACGGUCAGGAGGAAUUUUAUACCAUUCCUCUUUACAAAACUGUUUCCGUCUCUUGAGGCCCUGCCACAGACUCUCAAUCGGGUUGAUGUCCCCUACUCUGACUGGGCCACUCCAGAAGGCAUAUUUUCUUCUGUUGCAGCCAUUCUGUUGUUGAUUUACUUCGGUGUUUUGGGUCGUUGUCCUGUUGCAUCACCCAACUUCUGUUGAGCUUCAAUUGGCGAACAGCCUUACAUUCUCCUGCAAAAUGUCUUGAUAAACUUGGCAAAUCAUUUUUCCAUCGAUGAUAGCUCGCUGUCCAGACCCUGAGGCAGCAAAGCAGCUCCAAACCAUGAUACCAUGCUCCCUUAACCAUACUUUACAGUUGGGAUGAGGUUUUGAUAUUGUUGUGUGUUCCUUUCAAACAACUGAACUUUAGUUUCAUCUCUCCACAGAAUCUGGAACAUCCAGAUGCUCUUUUGCGAACUUCAAACGUGCAGCAAUGUUUUUAUUUGGACAGUCGUGGCUUCUUCCGUGGUGUCCUCCCAUGAACACCAUUCUUGUUUAUUGUUUUACGUAUCGUAGACCUGUCAACAGAGAUGUUAGGAUGUUCCAGAGAUUUCUUUAAGUCUUCAGCUAACACUCUAAGAUUCUUCUUAACCUCAUUGAGCAUUCUGCGCUGUGCCCUUGCAGUCAUCUUUGCAGGACGGCCACUCCUAGGGAGAGUAGCGACAGUGCUGAACUUUCUCCAUUUAUAUACAAUUUGUCUAACCGUGGAGUGAUGAACAUCAAGGCUUUUAGAUAUACUUUUGUAACCCUUUCCAGAUUUAUGCAAGUCAACAAAUCUUAAUCUUGGGUUUUCUGAGAUCUAUUUUGUUUGAGGCAUGGUUCACAUCAGGCAAUGCUUCUUGUGAAUCGCAAACUCAAAUUUUGUGAGUUGUUUUAGGGCAGACAGCUCUAACCAACAUCUCCAAUCUCGUCUCAAUGAUUGUACUCCAGGUUAGCUAACUCCAAUUAGCUUUUGGAGAAGUCAUUAGCCUAGGGGUUCAAAUACUUUUUUCAACUUACUCUGUGAAUGUUUAAAUGAUGUAUUCAGUAAAG